AUGUCUAAUCAACAAACACCCGAAUCCCACAGCUCUUCCAUCAUAUAUACACCAAUACCUUUAAGACUAUAAUUUAGUGCAUCUCGUUCUAGUGAAUAAGGUUCAAAUUCUAAAAUUCUUUGGGAUAGUACUUCAAAGCAGUCAUUUGUAUAAACUCAUUCUUAAAGUCCGCGGAAAGUUUUGUAUGUAAUCAUCACCAAUACUAAUAGACUUUAAACAUUUGAAUCGUUAUAUUAUGAAAGGCCCAAUAAUCCUAUGACAAGAGAUGAAAAAUUUAAGGAACUUGAAAAUCUUAUCUCAUCUUUUGAUUCUGAUGCCUUCAUACAAGAGGUUGAACUAUUCGAUUGAGCUCAC